AUGUCUGGCAGAGGGCAAGGAGGCAAAGGUAGAGCAAAGCCACAACACAAAGUGCUUCGUGAUAAUAUCCAGGGCUUCACCAAACCAGCCAUCCGCUGCCUGGCUCACCAUGGCGGUGUCAAGCGGAUCUCUGGUUUGAUCUAUGAGGAGACCUGCGGGUUGCUGCAUGUUUUCCUGGAGAAUGUGAUCAGGGAUGCGGUUGCCUACACCGAACACGCCAAGCGCAAGACAACCACUGCCAUGGAUGUGGUGUACGCUCUGAAAUGGCAGGGCCGCACUUUGUAUGAGUUCGGCAGCUGA